UUUGUGUGACAGGCUUUCUCGGAAAUAUUUCGCAGUUCCAUUCUUCACUUCGAAUUUGGACAUUCAUAUGAAAUCUGCCAGAGUUUCACCAGUAGUUGUGUUCUACACAGAGACGAUGUUGCAGUCGAAAAAGCGAGUUCAUAUUUUUAACUGUGACAACACAUACGAGCUAGAGCCCGUUGAGAAAUUGCUCGAGGAAACGAAGAAGAAAUUGUCGGAGAAAUUAAGCAUCCAUGUUGAGCCUGUAGAGAAGCAUUCAUUCAGACUUGAUCAAAUGUCUGAAAUGGUCGACAAAAUCCGAACCCAAGAGAUGGAUAUGGCCUUCUUCGUGGUUCAUGCGAGUGAAUCUCGACUCUCGAUCAACGAAGACAACGCUGGAAUUGGUUACGCCAAGAUAUACAGAGCUUUACUACAAGCGACGGGUAAGAAGCGGAAGUAUUUUAGUCACAGUAAUUUUUUCGAACGCAUUUCAUUGCUCUUAAUCACGCAUUUUGGGCAAGCUGGGCUAUCUUCGAGAAUGGUAGUGGCGACUUAGCGCAAACCUUUUCUAUAUUUCCCAAACAAUAGCUCAUUAGACAUGAAACCUCCUAAACAAAAGCUAAUUAGACGUGAAAGCGAAAGUAAAUAAGCAUAGAUUGAGGUCGACGGUUGUUCCCCUUAGUGGCAAAAUGCGAAGACUUGUUUUAUGCAGCUGCGUUAGUCUUAAAUACUCGGAGUGAGUUUGCUGUCUGAAGCUUCUGUUUCGUUUCUUAAGGCGAAGGCUUUUUGGCUAAAGGGGGUUGAUCUUGCCUUUUGAAAUUUCAGUCGCUUAAAGUCUAAAACCAUUCCUCCUCCUCGGUUCGGAAACACGGCAAAUUAUUUGCAUUUUUUAUCUGGAUACAACUCGUUCAAGUUGAGUAAUUAUUGAUAAAGAUAAACUUACAUGUUGUUGCCGGAUUAAACAAAAGAUUUAAACUAACAUUAAAUUUCAGGGAAAAACGAGCAGUAUUGGAAAUAGAGAUUGAUCUAUGCUUAAAAGUUCUGAUGCUUUAUGUAUUGUUGCUUAAGGACUUUUAUGUAUUAUGGCCUAAGGAAUAUUAAAGUUAUUGGCCUGCAAUGAUAAAUGUUAUUCCAAGGAUCAAUUCAUUGAAUAAUAAUUGAGUCUUCCAAAGCUGUCAGGGUAUCUUCAAGAAACUUAAAUAGAUUGGAGAAAGAAUUCAACUCUGACAAAGCAAGCCUCUAGUCAGCAGUUAUCCUUUCAACCGACAAUAGAUUCAAAAUGCCUCUCUUAAGCCACCUGAAACUCCCUUGCCGUUUUAUUGCUCGAUUUUAAGGGACAGUAAAAUAGCUAAGAUUAUUUUUUUUAAUUGUUUACGUAACAGAGGGCGAACCUAAUAUUAGAUUCUUUUUUUUUUGAACAAAGAGAAAAUGUUUUUCUCUCCAUUAUAUGUUGCAUUUUCUUACCCUCUGGUAGAUAUGUUAUGUAUUAAUAGCGUUAAUGCCACGGUUGCAAAAAAAAAAAAAAGGAUGAAAUUUUAAAUAGUGACGAAGAGGUCUGGAAGGCCAAUAAUCAGCAACAAAAUAUUGGAAAUUACAUUUCACAGGAUAAUAUUGUUACGCUUCUUUACAUUUGAAUUUCCUUUGUCUACAGGAGGAGAUGUCGUCAUCGUUAUCGGAGGAGAUGUCAAUUACGAGAGCGACGACGAAGAAAAUCGAGAGGUUAUUUCACGUUGGGCGAAGAGAAAAGUUUCCUCACAAUUCAGCAUAGAGUAUCUUGAUGGAAGAAAGAGCUUCAUCUUUUCCUGGAACAAACAACAUCGAGCAAUUCACGAAGAAGCUCUGCUGCAUCACUUUGAUCCAAACAAGAAAGGACAAAUGUUCCAUCAUCAGUCGCCAUCUACAAACCAACCACCAAUACCAGUACUUCCAUCUCAAGCAAAAUCUCCCGAAUUGAAAAAUCCGCAGAAACCCAAAAGUCCUCCUCGUAAUGAUGAAGCCACUUCUGAAUUGACAACGGUUGAAGAAAGGCAGACUGAUUCACACCGUGGUGGUGACUUUAGCUCUGAGCGCAGCAGAGGCAGGGAGUCGUCGGAUCCUUCUUUUAGUAAUCAGAGAGACGCACAAGGAGAUCUAGAUUAUUCACAAAGGAAUUUUCCAGAAGAAAAAAGUAUCCAUUUUGAAAAUACCCAACAGCUGGUGUGGGCGACACAAUUCUCAGUUAAAUCUCCUCCCACUGUUUUACUGAGAGGUUUCGCUCGUUAUGGAAAGGUACCUGAUCAAAUAGGCGACCUUCAAAUAUGGGACCCCGAGUUUAAAGUUCCCGAUGACAUACAAGAGAGGCUGCUCAAAAAACUCCGCAACACUCCUUUGAUUGGAAUGAUAGUCAUUAAGCGCAGUGAUGGCGAAAUUGAGUGUUAUACUGACCCAAAUUUAAAAGAACUUUCGUUGGACGGGGAAAUACAGCUUGCUGCUGAUGAACAACUCGUAUUGAAAACUCGUGUUCGCAACGGAGAGGUGUCUUUUGAAGAUGUUGCUGUACAGUUUAAGUAUGGAAACGCGUGCAUUCCGCAACACAUUAUCGAUGAUUUCAGAGCUAAAGAUAAAAAACCUAAUGGUGAUCUGUACAUUAUUUCAAAUGGCUCGGAACAUUUUCGAUGUGUAAUAAAAAGUGGAAUUGAUCUUAAAAAAGUGAUAAGAAUAGUCUUGGAAGAUCUAGGUCUUCCAUGUUUAAAUCACUGAUGCUAAGUCAUUGAGUAAUGAUUACGUCAAUCACUGUCUGUUUUGAAGGCAGAACUGAAGACAGUUAGCCGCCUUCUAACAGCUUUCAGGAAGAACUUAUAUAUCUCAAGAAAUAACUUUAGCUUUCAGCAAUCAAUUUGUCUUAUUUAAUUUGUUGUGAAGUUUACAUAUACAAAAAUCAAUCUAAUAUCAGUUAUGAUGACAUUAUUUCAUCACAACGUUAUAUAACUUAUUUUCAUGAACUUUCCUUUUGAAAUGGUUAUCGAAAUCAAUCUUUAUUAGAUGUCAUUUCGCACAAGUACGAUGUUAAGGGUAUUUAGCUUGAUUCAUAUUAUUAUAAAAACUUUCAUCGUGGUUAUUUCAACUUCCUCUGUAAGUGCUUGCGGUGUAGUACAUUGCUACUCAAGGAUUCAAGAACGGUUUUAUUUUAUAAGUUAGAUACCAUUUCUCGUGCACGAGGCACUACAAUUUCUUUGCCUAUAACUUAAUAACCAAAAAAUUGCAGUAAUUCUCUCACCUUACUGAGCAGCAAUGAAAGCUUAUAGCUACGAGACAUACUGUUUGUAGACUUAAAAGCGAAAGUUUUUUGUGUUAUAAGGUCCGGUUUUAUCGAUUGUCGGAAACAGCUGUAUUUCUGUGAGAGAAUAAAUUUUUUAGGACCCAUCAUGGGUUUCUAGUGUUCCAAUCAGUAUAUAUUGUGUGGGGAUUGCGUGACUCAUCUCGAUCAGAUAAGUGACUGGCUUUCUCGGAAACAUUGCGCAAGCAGUCGUCUUCCUCUCUAGGCGAUUUUGAAAAUUCAGACUUAUUCUUCAACGACUAUAGAACUACUACGUUCAAAGCGACAAAAAAAACCAUAGAUAGAAGAUGUCGCAAUUGAGAAAGCGAGUUCACCUUUUUAACUGUGAUAAUACGUACAAGCUAGAGCCUGUCGAGAAAUUGCUUGACCAAUUCAGCAUCCAUGUUGAGAAGCACUCGUUCAGACUCCCCGAAAUGUCUGAAAUGAUAGAAAAAAUUCCAACCUUAGAGAUGGAUAUGGCCUUUUUCGUGGUUCAUGCGCAUGAAUCUCGACUCUCGAUCAACGAAGACAACGCUGGAAUUGGUUACGCCAAGAUAUACAGAGCUUUACUAAAGGCGACGGGUAAGAAGCGGAAGUAUUUUACUCAGUUAUCUUUUCGAACGCAUUUCAUUGCUCUUAAUCGCGGAUUUUUGGGCAAGCUGGGCUAUCUUUGAGAAAUGGAGUGGGGACUUAGUGCAAACCUUUUCUAUAUUUCCUAAACAAUAGCUCGUUAGACAUCAGACGUGAAAGCGAAAGUAAAUAAUCACUCCUCGAAGUGGCAAAAUGUGAAGACUUGUUUUAUGCAGCUGAGUCAGAGUCAUGAACACUCAGAGUGAGUUUGCUAUUUGAAUUUUCUGUUUUGUUCUCUAAGGCGAAGGCUUUUCUGCCAAAGGUGGUUGAUCUUGCCUUUUGAAAUUUCAGUAGCUUUAAGUCUAUAACCAUUCCUCCUCCUUGGUCCGGAAAUAGGUAAAUUAUUUGCAUUUUUUAUCUGGAUACAACACGUUCAAGUUGAGUAAAUACUGAUGAAGAUAAACGUACAUGUUGCUGCCGGAUUAAACGUAUUAUUUAAACUCACAUUAACUUUCGUUAAAACACAUUUAAUAUUGCUCGAUAACGCUUCUUCUGGCACCUAAAGUUCUCUUUAGGAAAGGCAGUGGUAACUUUGUAAAAUUUUAGUAAAAAAGCGAUGUACUAUAGUGUUCCACAACAAAAGCCCAUUAGACACCCAAUCUUGAAAGCGAAAGUAGAUUAUCAUAAAUUGAUAGCUUCUGUUAAAUCACGUUCGACGGCAACCCUGUAGAGUGGCUAACAGCGAACAAUUGUUUUAUGUAACGGCGUCAGGGCAAUAAUCAAGUUUGUUUUUAUUAGCUGUCCGACCUUUCUGAUCCAGGCGGUGUGCGCACUCUGAUUGCGUUGCAUCAUGAUCGUAAAACGAAAAGUGAAAAAAGUCAUUUACAUCCUGUCGCGGUCGAGUGAGCAUCUUUGGUGGCAGCAAGAUAGCGUGAAUAAUCGUGGAAUGUAACGAGGAUUCACUUUCUGUUGCAGUUCCUUCGAAAGUUAAAAAGUGUUUUCAGGCCUGCGCGACUCCUGUUACUCCUCCGUGACAAAUUCGUUGCUGGGAGGCAACUGAAGAGAUUCAGAAAGAAUCGAAACUGCAGCCUUGCCCACUAAUCUAUUCAUUUGGCAGCAGUCACACUCACAGCCGAUGGCUGGGUGAACAAUAUCAAAUUCGCGAGUUAUUUAACAGGGAAUCGACGCUUGACAUGCAAACGAAUUACAGAGAUAGCGACCUUCUAGUACACGAACUAUUUUUCAUGUCAUGUACUUAAGGUGUAAAUAUGGAAUUCGCGAAAGGAGAAGCCAAAAUUCGUCACGCUUAACGUUUAAUAAAAAACGUGCAGAUUUUCAAAUAUGCUUAAAAGAAUAGAGAAUACUCAGAAUAAGGUUAUGAAAACAGUAUCUCUGAAGUUAUCUUCUGUGGGAGAGACAGUAUGAAAAUAUUACCUUUUGUAACACGAUCUCAUCCGGCUUUGCCAAACCUCAAGAACAUACAGACAGGGAAAUGACAGGAAACUAACCCUUAUCAUCACAUCGCAAAGGAAAGUCAUUAAAAGCUAUCUUUAUAACAGCUAAGUUUUCAGGUCAGAAGAUUUAAAAGCGCAAGCGAAUGGCAGGAGUCGCAGAAGCCUAUCAACACCUUUUAACGAUCGACUGCCUUAUGCUUUCCGGCUUACCCGGCGUGUCGCCGUGUGUAAUAUAGAGUUUUUCAGUGAUGAAAUGACAUUGUUCCAAUUCAACUGUCCUUCGUUCAAUGAUCCAGAAAGUAGAUUUACCAUACAACACUCGCGACUAGCUAAUUUGCUUUUACUUUGGAAAGUAGAUUUACAACACAAUUGAGUAUACAAUAGUAACGCUGUGUAACGCAACAAUAGGCCUUUUCUCGGGCUUAGGGUAAAAUAUAGACUGGACUAUUUUUGAAGCAUUUUUGGACCAUUUUUGGAUUUUUUAUAAGGGGGGAGCACAUUAUUAGUACUCAGAGAUGCAGUCUAUCAGCUCUGAGGGAGGGGUGGGAGGCACGGUGUUACUGAGGGAGGGGUGAGAGACGGACUAUUACUACGCAGGGAACAGUGUAAACACUACUGGUUAAUGGAGCUUUCACUCGAUCGUACAAAUUAUUUUAAUCAGUUUUUCGACUGACUUUUUGUGCGUGUGCCUGUAAGGUUGACUUGUGCCAGUGCUAAAUGAUACUCACGGGUUAGCAUGACUACGUUUUGCCGACGGAGAAUAUCUGCAUGCAACAGUAGCCACCAUAGUUCCACUUCGCAGGUUUUGUGGGUUUUUACGCAAGAAGUGAUUAGCAGCGUCCAGGGCAAAUUGGAAAACAAGCCUAGGGGAGACGCGAGCAAUACUUAGUCGCGAUUUCCGGUGCCGGUGAUUAACUCCUUUGUUUGCGAAACAGAUAAAAUCGAGAUUUGCGCUUUCUCAUAUUGCAAGUACAGCAGUGUUUUUGCUCGACUCGAGAAUAUGGAUUCCUCUUCGAAAUCGUUUCCUGAGGCUUUUAUAAAGUAAAGUUUUAAACGUUAAAAUUGCGAUAGUGCCUGUGAAUUCUAUAUGCCGCCAAGUCAAGGGCUAAGGACCGGAAAUUCCGUGAUCUCGUCUGAUAAGAGCAAUGACAAAAGGAUGAUAGAUAAAUUUAGUAAUUAAAUACUGUGCGCACAAAGGGAAACUUGAAGGAACUGAUGGUGCACAAGUCGACUCAAAAGGCACACGCAUAACUCAACAGUGGAGGAUCGUAAACGCGAUAUUUUCAACAAAAAUUGAAGUCCAGUGUUUACGAGGCAGUUUCGCUUUCGCGUGACAGAAAAAUGAAGAAACGCCGCGGCCCAACGCAUACAGAAAGUCAGUUGAAAAACCUAUUAAAGUAAUUUGUAUGAUCGAGUAAAAGCUCCAUUAACCAGUAGUGUUUACUAUUACCAUCACCUCCCAGCCCUCCCUGCAUAGUAAUAGUCCGUCUCUCACCCCUCCCUGAGUAAUAACACUCUACCUCCCACUCCUCCCUCAGUACUGAUAGACUUCAUCCUACCUCUUCCUGAGUACUAAUGGUGUGCUUCCCCCCUUCUAAAUUUCUCCAAAUAAUUGUCCAAAAACUGGUCCAAAAAAUGGUCCAAAAAAAAAAUACAGUCCAUAUUUUACCCUAUGCCCUUUUCUCGGUCAUAAUCGGUCUCACUUAAAAUGCGAGAAACGCAUGUACCGUUAGAGAGUGUUUGAGAGCGUUUGGUCAGUGCUGUUGAAGCGGCCAUCCAAAUCUUCGAAAGGCUCCAAACUUCGAAAUACAUCAAAUUUGAUAUUCUCGAAAACUGGUCUCAUAUUACAUACUAAAAAAACGGUGCUUACGUUUGUCCUUGAGAACCAUAGAAUACGCAACAAAUACGCACAAAAAAUACUUUAUACAUUCUCAAUAAAUAAAAUUAUAUUUACCAAUGGUGAAAGGGAAAAGGAACGGCCUAACUUCUACGAAGUGUUCAGUCAAAAUCUGCCGAUUUCUCUCGCUUUCAUCGUCAUAUUGAAAAUGGAGCUACCAAAAUGCAACGCAAUCGGCGUGCGCACACCGCCUGUUUCUGAUCCUUCUUCGACUCUUAGGGUUGAGACUACUCCUUAUGACAGAGAAGAACCUUUGCUUUUUCUAAGCUCAGUUUAGAGGGAUAAUCAUGUAUACAUGUUUUGUAAUUUCAGAAGCUGAAACUCAAAGAGCAUAGUCCCUUUCCCGGCUCCGCCCGAAAGUUUAUGAAAAAGCCAUAGGGCCCGGGAAUCGGGAUGCCGCUCGUUCAAGUUAGGUAUAUCCCAUAAGUAUAUUGAAAAUUUCUAUUACACGUUACUCUCGGCGAGAACAUGAAAAUGAUCCGACACUAACCGUAAGGAAAGUAUGAGACGAAUUGAAACGAGAAACGUAUCUAAGAAUUAUUUUGCUGAGGCUGAGGUAAUAUUGAAUAUAUUAUCUAACAAGACUGGAUGAUAUUCAAAAGAAAAAAAAAUUCAACCAUAACAAUCAAAUCAGCAAGAGUUCUCAUUGGAUAUUUUGAGCUUUCAAAACAUAUUUCUUCAGAAAAUUUGCUUUUGACAGGAUGAAACAGUCAAUUGUUUACCUUUGCAAAUGAUACUAAUUACCAGCAGUUAUCUAUAACAACCAAAAUGGGGUCAAAUGCGUCGUUUUUAAACAUAUGAAAUCCAUUUGAACAAACACUUGAUGACAGGUAAAUUGAAAUCAAUUAUAUGUAUUUACUGUUUCAGGAAAACAUGAUGUGCUCUUGACUUUAUGUUAAAUUUUAUCUUCCUUUUAGUAAAUAAGUGAUGUUUAGCUUUAUGUUCACGAGUGCAAGAAAAUGUACGAAAAUCGAUUCCGAAAAGGUCUGCAAGGCCCUGGCGUGACGCAAACUGAUCGAACGUUUCAUGUAUGCACAUUCUACGCAGGUAGCAGCUUCCUGUCGACAUGUUGAUUGCGCCUAGUCAAUCAAGGAUAUUCUUCCAUAUGUAAAAUCUGGUCACCAGAAGUGUGUAAUAACUCUGCACUUAUUUACAUUUUCAUCUGCUCGAUCCACAGGAGGAGAUGUUAUCACCGUCAUCGGGGGAGAUGAUAACUACAAAGACGACAAGGAAGAGAAUGGAGAUGUUAUUUCAAGUUGGGCGAAGAGGAAAGUCUCUUCACAGUUCGGCAGUGAGUAUCUUGAUGGUAGGAAGAGCUUUAUCUUCUCCUGGAACAAACAACAUCGAGCGGUUCACGAACAAGCUUUACUGCAUCACUUUGAUACAAACAAGAAAGGAUAA